AAACACACACUAGGAAGCAGAGCAGUAGCGUGAAGUUAAUUUUUAACCUUCCAGACUUUAUUAUCGGUCGGACGUACAGCCGCUGCGCUUAACGGGGAGCGCGGAGCAUCACCGGCUGAAGCCCGGGACGUCACCUUAAAAACAGUUACAACGUCUCCAGCUAACAGUUAGCAGACACACAAACGUCCUCCGAGGACUGAAGCUGUAAUAUUUCCAGCCACCCUUUUUAUUUUUUAUUUUUAUCCUUUUCGUGAGCGACUCAGACAGCCUGCCGGGAGACCACCAGCGACGCAAAGAUAUGCAGUCAUCAGAGCAGCGCUGACGGGCCUGACUCUGGUUUAACACGACCAUGGAGUCCUCCUCCGAGUCCCAGCAGGAGCCUGAGAAAACUUUGCACCAUGCAGAGUUGAGAGAACACCAUGCCACCUCCGCUGCCAUAGUGUGUGGUGAUGACACCGUGCUUCUGACCCCAGGCAGGAUGAGCCAGCGCCAGGUGAAGGAGCGGGACAAGGAGAGGGAGAAGGAGGCGGGCCUCCAGACACCCAACAGGGAGCACGUUGCCACCCCCUCCACCCUCAGCCCGGGGGUCAGCUACAGCCAUGGUUUCGAGAGGGGGAAGGAGGACCUCUUGCCUCUGCCUUUGAAAGAGGACUCACAUUCCAUAUCUAAGAGCAAGUCUGAAACAAAGCUGUACAAUGGCUCAGACAAGGAUGUGUCAGCGUCUGGAGGAAAGCUCACCAAGAAGGAGUCCCUCAAGGUGCAGAAAAAGAAUUACAGGGAAGAGAAGAAAAGGGCAACCAAGGAGCUGCUCAGCACCAUCACGGAUCCUUCUGUCAUCGUCAUGGCCGACUGGCUGAAGAUCCGUGGCACUCUGAAGAGCUGGACCAAGCUGUGGUGCGUGCUGAAGCCAGGCGUCCUGCUCAUCUAUAAAACUCACAAGAACGGACAAUGGGUGGGAACGGUGCUGCUCAAUGCCUGCGAGCUGAUCGAGAGACCCUCCAAGAAGGACGGCUUCUGCUUCAAGCUCUUUCACCCACUGGAGCAGUCCAUCUGGGCUGUCAAGGGACCUAAAGGAGAAGCAGUUGGUUCCAUCACGCAGCCCUUACCCAGCAGCCACCUCAUCUUCCGAGCUGCCUCUGAGUCUGAUGGCCGAUGCUGGAUGGACGCCUUAGAACUGGCCCUAAAGUGCUCCAGCCUGCUGAAGAGAACCAUGAUCCGCGAGGGGAAAGAGGACAUGAGCACUGUAACCAGUGGUGGAGAACACUCCAUUAAUUUCUACAGCCUCCUCAGAGCCCACAACAUGCACGGUUUCCAGUUCAACGACAGUGACCAUUUGAAAGACCCCGAUCUGUACUCUGACAAGUCAGAUCGCGAGGGAGAGCAGGACCACGAGGAGUCAGACCCAGAAGGCCUGGAGAAGAGCGAGGAGAGCGACAGCGACACAUCAGAGCGCCAAGAUGACUCGUACAUCGACCUGGACCCCAACGAACAUCUGCGAGAAACCCCAUACCUGGAGCAAUCUCACGAGGAGUUGGGGGAGGCUGGUGAGGCUGCCCAGACAGAAACCGUAUCAGAGGAGAAUAAAUCUCUGAUCUGGACCUUGCUGAAGCAGGUUCGACCGGGCAUGGAUCUGUCCAAGGUUGUACUACCUACUUUCAUCCUCGAGCCAAGAUCCUUUCUGGACAAACUCUCCGACUACUACUACCACGCAGACUUCUUGUCAGAAGCUGCAAUUGAAGAGAAUGCCUACAACCGGAUGAAGAAGGUGGUCAAGUGGUACAUUUCUGGAUUUUACAAAAAGCCAAAGGGGUUGAAGAAGCCUUACAAUCCCAUUAUAGGAGAGACAUUCCGUUGCAUGUGGCUCCAUCAGAAGACCAACAGCAAGACCUUUUACAUCGCAGAGCAGGUGUCCCAUCAUCCACCAGUGUCAGCCUUCUACGUCAGCAACAGGAAGGACGGCUUCUGCCUCAGUGGCAGCAUCCUCGCCAAGUCCAAGUUCUAUGGAAACUCGCUAUCGGCCAUAUUAGACGGGGAGGCUCGGCUCACUUUCCUCAACCGAGGGGAGGACUACGUGAUGAACAUGCCCUACGCUCACUGCAAAGGGAUCCUGUACGGCACCAUGACCCUGGAGCUGGGUGGUCAGAUCACCAUUGCAUGUGAGAAAACGGGCUACAGCGCUCAGCUGGAGUUCAAGCUGAAGCCUUUCCUGGGCAGCAGUGACAGUGUCAAUCAGAUCUCUGGGAAGAUCAAGCUGGGAAAGGAGGUGUUAGCUACGCUAGACGGACACUGGGACAGCGAGAUCUUCAUCAACGACAAGAAAACGGGAACGAUGGACACUUUCUGGAACCCCACUCCGGACCUGAGGCAGAGCCGGCUGACCCGCUGCACCGUCCCACCAGAGGAGCAGGGGGAGUACGAGUCAGAAAGACUGUGGCAGCACGUGACGCGGGCCAUCAACAACAAGGACCAAACCGAGGCCACCAAUGAGAAGUUCAUCCUGGAGGAAGCUCAGAGGAAGUCGGCCCGCGAGCGGAAAGCCAAAUGCGAGGAGUGGAUCCCCGCCCUGUUCGAGCAGGACUCUGUCACUGGAGAGUGGCAUUACAGAUAUGCCGACACGAGGCCGUGGGAUCCGCUCAAUGACUUGAUCCAGUUCGAGAAAGACGGCUGUAUCCAGACCAAGGUCCGACACCGCACCCCUAUGGUACGUUCUGGCAGUCUUAUUAGUCUGAGUAACCAGGGGCCGCGGAGGGACAAUUGCAAGUGCCAGGUAACGGUGCCAAAGAGGAAACACAAGAGCGACAAGCCCAAGAGCCCAGAGAGCGGCUGCUCUUCACCCGAACCCGACCGCCAGGACUCAUCUGGCAGCGAACGACACAAGAGCAAACACAACAGUCGGCUGAGGAAAAAAGGAGCAGACCUCAGCGAACUUCAAAGUGCCAUUGAAUCUAUAAAGCAGACGCAGGAGGACAUUAACAGGAGCAUCGGCGUGCUGCGGAGUCGCGCAGCAGGCCGGGUGGAGGGCAGCUCGUUCCUUCAGCAGCGCGACUACGUCAUCAUUGUUUUCCUCAUCCUCCUUCAGGUCCUGAUCAACUACAUCUUCAAGUAGCAGCCAUAAGCCACAGAGAGAGUGAUGCCGUCUCACACACACACACACACACACACACACACACAGAAACACACUCCCCGAACAUUAGGCAUCACGACGGAGCGGUCUCCUCCAACUCUUCUCUGUCUCUACGAAACCCAAUUACCGAACGGCUGAAGCCUCCACACGAAGAGAGACUUUUUAAAAACUGUUAUUUAUUUUUAACCAGUCCAUUCCAAAUCUCCCGGGAGAUCCACAGAUUUCAAAGUGGAGAGGAGCAGCGGUGAGGAGAAAUUGUCGGAGGUGAGAUUUUUGACGUGAUGAAGUCUCAACUGCCACUCCGGAGCUUAUUGAUUUGCCUUGACGUGAGAGGCAAAGACAGCAGCCGUUUUUUUUUUAGCUGUUGUUUGUGUUUUUUUUUGUUUGUUUGUUUUCUUCUGAUGGAGUGAAGCUACUCUGUUGAUUCACAUUUCACCUCAACUGACAGGGAACUUUUUAACAGGAAACGAGGACCACAACUCAGAUUGUAACAGAUAUAUAUAUAUACACAUAUAUAUAUAUAUAAAAGUACACCUUUAAUUUUAAUGUGUUUUUUUUAAAUCCUUUUGUUUCUUUGCUUGGCGUGUCCUUUGUGAAUAGCGGUGUGCUCGGACAAAAACAGAUGAUAAGGGAGAGAAAAACAAAGUGGUCCAUUGUGUGACUUUUAUUUUUUUAUUAUCAGAUACUUUGAUAUAGGCUGGGGAGAUCCACACGUGGGAGUGGACAAUGAAGACAAACAACACAUUGUCAGAAGGAACAGAAGCUAUAAUUUCUCUUGUAUAAUAAAACUCCACCUUUUGCAAACAAA